AUGAACCUCUUGCUUUUGAUCAGGAAGCUGCCCAGAUUCGGCAUCUAUGUGGUUAUGUUCUUUGACGUGCUGCGAACAUUCUCGCGCUUCUUUAUCGUAUUCGCGUUGUUCGUAAUAGCGUUCAGCAUAUCGUUCUUCGUCAUUAUGCAGAAUAGGCCCGAGUUCUCCUCGGUACCAUCUGCGGUGCUGAAAACGACGGUGAUGAUGAUCGGUGAGUUCGAGUUCACCGCCAUCUUCCAUGGCGAUGCCGAUGUUCAUCCGGAACGGUUGUUCGGUCACGCCAUCGCUUAUCCUCUCUUCCUCUUCUUCUGUGUCAUCAUGACCAUUCUUUUGAUGAAUCUUCUGGUUGGUCUGGCUGUAGAUGAUAUCAAGUCGGUCUUGGAAGAGGCCAAGCUGAAGAGACUAAGCAUGCAGGCUGAUCUUGUACUUCAAGUUGAAGCAUCAAUGCCGUACAUUCGCAAGCUGACCUGCCGAUCUUCCAUCCGUGUCUAUCCCAACCGAACUGAUUUCCUGAAACGCCUGCGCAAUCGAUUCGGGUUCGAUUCUUCCAGUGUAGGACAAAUGGAGGAGCAAUGGGAGAGUAAAGAGGAGGAACUCUUCCACGAGUUUCGCCAAGGUGAUCAAAUCGCAGAACCAUCAGCUCCGGACGCUACAGAAGAAUGUGGAUGUGAUGUACUCGGAGCAAAUCAAAACGGCAGCGAUGCUUCGAGCUGUGAUGGAAAGCCUUCAGGUCAAUUUUCAGGAAACUGUCAAGGACUAGCUCAAAUCACAACUUCCUCACCAUACAUGUGA